AUGCCGUCUCGUGUUGGCCAAUCUCCGCGAGUGCUUGCCUGCACUUCCUGGCAGCAGCGCAAGGUCAAAUGCGACCGCAAAUUCCCCUGUGCCAAUUGUGUCAAGUCUCAAGCCCGCCAUGAUGUCCCUCCCGGUAGCGAUGGUGUGGACAGUUCGAACGAGGAAAAUCCUCAGACAACGGACAAAAUUUGGUCGCCCGUAACUGCUGGUGAUGAAACUACGAGUCAUGACAGGACCAAGUACGACGACACCAUCUCUUCCAAUCACGCCGCGAGCGAGACCGCGGCCAAGCAGGCGCUCAAUGAAUCUUCUUCCGACAAGGUCGACAACCUCUUCUUUGGUUCGAGCAGACCAGUGGUCGAUAUUGCGAUUCUUCACCCCACCCCUACUCAGGUGUUCAAGCUCUGGCAAAUUUAUCUGGACAACGUGGAUCCCCUCCUCAAGAUCACUCAGGCGCCCACUCUUCAAGCACGGCUCGUCGAUGCGGCAAACAAUCUUGCGAGGGUCCGAGAUCCUAACCUCGAGGCGCUCAUGUUCGGCAUCUAUUGCAUCUCGGUCCUCAGCCUCACUCAAGAGCAGUGCCAGGACACUUUCGAGAUUUCAAAGGAAGACCUGUCGACGAGGUUCCAGCGCGGCUGCCAGAAGGCUCUAGCAGAGUGCAGGUUUAUACGAACCACCGAUCGCGACUGUCUGACCGCUCUAUUCCUCUAUCUUCUUUCUAUUACACCCCAAACCGUUCCUCGGUCACUAUCCGUUAUCCUAGCCAUUGCCAUUCGCAUUUCCCAGAACAUGGGGAUGCAUAGUGAGGCUGCUCUGGCCAAGCACACCCCUUUUGAGGCUGAACUACGCCGUCGGUUAUGGUGGUCGCUGGUGUUGUUUGACACGAGGAUGUGCGAGCUCGCAAGUUCCAGGAUCCGAACAUUGGAUCCCACUUGGGACUGUAAAGCCCCCCUGAAUGUGAACGACUCCGAUUUACGGGUGGACAUGAGAGUGCCGCCUAUAGCCCAGGCACGAUGCUCCGAGGCACUUUUCAUGGUUGCAUGUUGCGAAGUAAGCGAGUUCGCUCGCCAUACAGCUUUCCACAUCAACUACAUCAAUCCGUCUUUGAUGGCCUUCGCGCGGCAUGGCUCGAAAGGUCCAGAUUCCGAAACAGUGGAGUUAGCAAACCUGGAACAAGCCAUCGAGAAUCGAUAUUUCCAAUUUUGUGAUGAAGACAGCCCCGUACACUGUAUGACAAUGUGGACGACCCGCGCAUACUUGGCCAAACUCCGCCUUCUGGAACAUCAGUCAAAGUAUUCCGGCCGACGACAGACCGACUCGCAAUGCGACACCGCUACUUCUUACACCGUCGCGAUGCUCGCGAGCGACACGAAAAUCAUGACCUCCUACCUCCCAAAGAGGUUUCUUUGGCUCAAUCACCACCUCUUCCCGUUCCUGGGCUACAUGCAGAUCGCACACGGCCUGAGGAUGCGACCUCUCUGUGGACAACGGCAGCGGGCGUGGGAGGUCAUGAGCGAUAACUAUGAAGUCUGGUCGUCUCAUUUGACAGACAACAGAUCUUUCUUCCUCGCUUUCGCCAAGAUUAUCAUGGUCACUUGGAAGACGUACGAUGCGGCAGUACGAGGAACGACGAGAACUGUUCAGGUGCCGAGCAUCAUACUACGGAUGAAGCAGACGCUGGAGGAGAUGACUCGACAGUCAAGCAAUGUGGAAGCCAGCAACGCCUUUUUUGGUACGCACAUGCAGAGCGGCGAGAUUGCAGCGUCCAUACCCGUGGAACUUCAUGAAAUUACCCUCGAGAUGUUUCGCGGCAUUCCGGGACCCCCCCUCGACAGUCCCGAACUCCAGCAAAUCAACUGGGACAUUUUUUCAUGGUCACUUUAG